AUGAUUUCUCUUAGACGAUAUUUGAGAAUUCCACAGGAACUCCGUCCUUCGGAAAUAUUCAAGCAAGAUUCUUUGUCACCACCGAAAAUUGCGAUCCAGAUUGUUCUUUUACAACUUUUUUACUACUGGACCGCUUUUUUCCUGUUCUAUGGCGCUUCAAAGAUCUGUGGGUAUGAGUUAGAAGCGAAAAAGUGGCUUUUCUCGUGGGAAUUAAUUCAGUUUACGAAUUCGCUAGGAUUGACUAUCUCUUUACUGUGGUUACUGGAUUCUUUGAUCUGUGUAUUUUUCCUCACGGUGAUCGUGGGGAGAAGUAAGUUGGCGUGGGAUUUUGCCAUUACAAUUCAUGCGAUAAAUUUGGCGGUUGUCACGCUUUACACUAGGAAAUGGCCUUCGUUGGCCUGGUUUUUCUUACAAGUUCUUUCGUCUUUAAUUCUCGUGUUUCUAGGAACGUGGACAACGCGAUGGAGGGAAUUGAGAGAUACGUUUUUCGAUGGGCUUGUUGACACCCAAAUCGCUAGCCAUGGUACUAACAAUGCUCCUGAUGUAGAGCUGAAAGACUUGGAAGCUCAAAAAUGA